CAAAGACAGAGAGAAAAAAGAAAGCUAAGGAGUCGAAGAGGAAAAGGAGAGGUGGCCAGGUGGUGGUGGGGGACGACCGGACGAGGAAGUAGUGGCCUGUGCGUGCCGUCGCGGAGGAGGGGGUGGCGAUGGAGAAGGGCGCGGGCACGCGGCGGCGGCGGCUGGUGGAAAGGGGAUCGGAUCGCCUUGCCUUCAUCACCGGCCAGACGCGCAGCCUCUCCUGCGACCCGAUUCCAGAUUCACCACUUCGUUCACAGUUUGAAGGUGGCACUCGUGAUGAUGGGUUCAGCGAGAGAAAUCAGUUGCAGAAGUCAGAACCUAGCGACCUGGUACCUGGAUUUCAAGAUCCUGGUACUCGCCAAGGAGUCAAGGCUAGAACCUUAAGCUAUGAUGCCCUGGUACCUGAAUUUGAACGAGCUGGUGGCCGCCAAGAAAAUAACGCAAGUACCUUGAGCUAUGAAGACGAACUUUUCCGCAAAUUUAAGAUGGGCAGUGCAGUCCCUGAAAUUCAGCCAGUAAAUCAAACACCAUUGCAUACCCAUGAUCAGGAAACUGUGAGUAACAAUAUAAUUCAUGCUGGAGUUAGUAAGAAUACUAGUCAUGAUGGAGUUAGUAAGAAUACAAGUCAUGAUGAAGUGGCAAGUGUCCAACCUAGCAGAGAAGCGGAAAUGAGACCCAGAUCUGCACCUCCAAGCCAAUCAACCCAAGCGGACAAUUCAGGUUGGUCUGUGGAAACUCUGAUGGAACUCUUAGAUUUCACUCCACAGGAAAUAACCAAGGCCAUUUCGGCGACCGAGAGUAACCGUUUCGUAGCAUCUGUCGUCAUUGCUUUCCUGGUGGUUCUGUCAAACUGGGGCCUUGACAUUGGUGGUGCCAUCACCAGAGUAUUAGUUGGUACAAGGCCUCUUCUAUUUCUCAUUGUAACCAACAUCACCAUUGUCUUCACAUUGUUGAUGGAGAACAAAGACCCCAAUGUGAGAAGCAGACCCGUUGGCGUCAAUCUGGGUUCAGCUGAUAGCUUAGGGCAGAUGCUAGAGAUCGGGUUGCUGCUACAGAAAGCACUAGGUGCUCUGCUGAUUGACUGCAGCGUUUGCGCUGUUAUUAUGAUAUGUUUUCUUGGAUUCUGAGGGAGCCUGGGUAGAAGUCUCACAGAAACCUUUGUAAUUUUUUUUGUCUCAUGCUCUGGACUGUUAUUCCAUUUUGUAACAUCUCAUUUUGGCUGAGUUCUAAUUUAUGCACCCAUGUUUUCUGUUUUUCUGAGCGUCUGUAGUUAAUUAGAGAUUACUUGAACCAGGUCAAUGGAUACAGACUACAGAGCG